GUGUCUCCACCUUCGCACGCCCCCUAUCGCUUUGGGUGAGAAGGGGUGUCCACAGUGCCGAGCCGGUGGUCCAGACUUGGAGGGUGAUGCUGGAAGGCCUAGGGCACCCCUUGUCUGGUUCUUAGUAAAGAGGCCUUCCCCGAAUGUGCCUUUGUGGGAAACUGAGGCAGGUUCCUUCCUUCUGCCCCGGUCCCCGAAGUCCGGCCCGAUUGACACCCAAUGGACUUUUGGGGGCCUCCCUUUCCCAGCUGCCUGCCCGCCGUCGUCAUGCCGUCCCUGUUGUUCCAGCUGCCCCUGCGCCUAUGCCGGCUGUGGCCGCGUAGCCUUUCCAUCCGACUUCUCACAGCCGCCACAGGGCAGCGGUCUGUCCCUACUAAUUACUAUGAAUUGUUGGGAGUGCAUCCGGGUGCCAGCGCUGAAGAGAUUAAACGUGCUUUCUUCACCAAGUCAAAAGAGUUACACCCUGACCGAGACCCUGGGAACCCAGCCCUGCAUAGCCGCUUUGUGGAGCUGAAUGAGGCAUAUCGAGUGCUCAGUCGCGAGGAAAGCCGUCGUAACUAUGACCACCAGCUGCAUUCAACCAGUCCUCCAAAGUCUUCAGGGAGCACAGCCGAGCCUAAGUAUACGCAACGGACACACAGCUCCUGGGAACCCCCCAACGCUCAAUAUUGGGCUCAGUUCCACAGUGUGAGGCCGCAGGGGCCAGAGUCAAGGAAGCAGCAGCGUAAACACAACCAGCGGGUCCUGGGGUACUGCCUCCUGCUCAUGGUGGCAAGCAUGGGCCUGCACUAUGUGGCCUUCAGCUGGAGCAGGUGCAUCGCAGCUUCAUGGACGAAAAGGAUCGGAUCAUCACAGCCAUCUACAAUGACACACGGGCCAGGGCCAGGGCCAACAGAGCCAGGAUUCAGCAGGAGCGCCAGCAGAGGAAGCAGCCUCGGACAGAACCCUCCCUGCCUCCAGAAAGCUCCAGGAUCAUGCCCCAGGACACAAGCCCAUGAGCGGCUUACCUAAGUGGGACCUGCGUUGGUCCUGUCCUUGCUGCCUGUCCAGAACUACACGUGCAAUAAACUCAUUUUCUGACUCCUGUCCGAUUCAGUCCUUCAGAUCACGCAUCUCCUCAUCCCUCCCCUCGUGAGGCAGCGACCCCCGGAGCUCGGCCUC